CUUUCUCAGAAAUGAGCUGUUGAUUGUUAAUUCCACUAGAGAGCUGGGAUCCAGCUGUAAUCAUUCACUGGGACACAGGACCUGAAGAUUACUGUGGCACUCUCACCAUUGAACAAGAACCAAAGUCAUUGCAAGCAUUUCCAUCUUUCCUUGAUGAGAAAAAUGAGCUGGAUGUUCCUACGUGAUCUGCUGAGUGGAGUGAAUAAAUACUCAACAGGAAUUGGAAGAAUUUGGGUAGCUGUUGUGUUCCUGUUCCGCUUACUGGUUUAUGUUGCUGCCGCAGAAAACAUCUGGAAACACGAACAUGAUGAAUUUGAGUGCAAUAUCAAGCAGCCUGGUUGUGAAAAUGUCUGCUUUGACCAUUUUUUCCCUGUCUCUCACAUCAGAUUUUGGGCUUUGCAAUUAAUCAUAGUCUCCACCCCUUCACUCUUGGUUGUCUUUCAUGUUGCUUACAGAGAGAACAGAGAGAAACACCACAACCAGAAGCUUUACAAAAAUCCGGGAAAGAUAGAUGGUGGAUUGCUGUGCACUUACCUAAUCAGCCUCAUUUUAAAAACAGGACUUGAAAUAUUUUUUCUUGUUCUGUUCUAUAAAUUGUACAAUGGAUUCAAAAUACCACAUCUUGUGAAAUGUGACAUAAAACCAUGUCCCAAUACUGUAGACUGUUAUAUUUCCAAACCCACAGAGAAGAUGAUUUUCCUUUAUUUUCUGGUGGCAACUUCAUGCCUGUGUAUUGUAUUAAAUCUAAGUGAACUGAGUUAUCUGAUGUUCAAAUACUCCAUAAAAUGUUAUCUGAAGAGACACGUGAAGAACCAGCAAGGCUCAAAAAGCAAUUGCUGCGAAUCAGAGCUCAUCAGGCACAACAGAGCAGCAGCUGCAGGACGACUCCACAACAGCUCGUCAUCUUUGCCUCUGAAUAUGCAAGAUGAACAUGAAAAACAUUCCCCGCUGACUUGAAAGAAGGCUGGAGACCACCCUCCCAUUACACAAGCUGUUUUUGACAAAUUGCUUUUGCAAUCAGUGCUUUGCAGAACUAUCCCUUGAAAGGAUAGUUACAUAGGAAAUGCUGUUUCUCUGUUAGUUCCCCAUUACUUGAGCUGAUAAAUUCGGUUACAUUAUGUAUGUUGUACAUAGAAUCAUUGAGACCUUUUCAUGUUGAAAAAAAAUGUAGAAGUUCUGAGAAUUCCAUGAAGCUUUAAUAUGAACACAGAUGCUUAUGAUAAAUCACGCUGAAACAAUUGCUCAAACAGUUGUGUACUGAAUAUUACACAGAAUUGCUUUGGUACAAGAAAAAAUGGGCUUUUUAUAUGCAGAGAUAGGAAGAACCUGGGAUUGAUUAAGAUGAACAGCAAGGGGUGUACAGGAUUUAUCAGGUGGGUGGAUCAGACCUGGCAACUGCUGAAAUGGCAGUGGGAACGUGCUGGCACAGAGUGAUUGCUGUGCCUUGAAGUGAGCUGCACAGUCACUAGUCCAUUCCGUUGUACUAUGAAACAUCGCAAAAAAGGAAGAACCAAGAAGAGGUAGACACAUCUAGUUUAGCCCACGUGAUAAAGACAGAUUUGGUUAUUUAGCUGUUUGUGGAGCACCUCCUUCUGGAAUUGAGCCUUUACAGCUAUUAGGGUGCUAAUAAUCAAAAAGCAUCCUUUAAGAAAGGCACUUGCUCAAACUUGUGCAAGCAGCACGUGCCAGGGUAGAGAGUUAACUCCUGGUUACCUGCACCAAGCAGCUCCCAUUUCAUUAGACUUCUGCUCUGUAGUAGCGGCAUUUAAGUGAACAGAUCAUUCCUGCUUCCCUAGGAUCUGAAUAGAGAAAUGCAGACCAUGCAAUACAACACAACAGUAGCCAGUAACCCCUAGUAUUAACUAGCCUAGAAUCUGGUCCCUUUAUUAAGGCUGAAAAUAUGCUACUCCUUCAGUAGAUUUCUCUGCUGCAGAAGAACACAUGAAAUCUAAAAAUGUGAAGAGCCCCAGUAGAAAAAAAGUAAAAAAGAAUCACCUGUUCCCUCCCCCAAAUUCCAAAGUAUCUCAAACACCACACACCACUGCUCUUUGUCAUCUGCGUUGUUUGGGCUAACAGGAAAGGGACAGAAAUCAGCUAAGACAUGUCUUCUGUUGAACCUAGGCUUCUAAGACAAUGGAAAGUAUUGCCUUAAAAACUUCCUUCAGGGUAGUAUUCUUUCUGUUGCUGGAAUGAAAGACCUUUGGACAUACAUCUGGUACUGAGCCUGAUCAAAAUGCAGUUUAGAGAAAAACACCAACUGAAGUGGAGCUGCCUGAAUGCUGAACUAAUUUUAUUGUUUGUGCCAGGAUAAGGAGGAAGAAACCGUGGCAAAAGCAGGUUAACUAUUUUUUUUUCUCUGAGGCCCCCUCUGGCCCCAUGGCUUUGGUUACAAAGCAUUACAUUUAAUGAGUAGCAGUUACAGAGCAAAAUUUAGCAACUAAUGAACAAGCUACGCACUUCUGAUGGUGAUUUUCAAGGUAAGAUUUGAUGUUUGUUUGGGUUUUUUUUUCCCUAAAAUAAACUUACUUUUAUAAAAUAUGGGAAGACAUUUGCUGCUGCUGAAAUUAGCAGCAACAGCAGUCCCUCAGAUACCAGCUUGCCAGCUUGUGGCCAGUUAGUUUUAAAUCUUGAUUGAUGCUGAAUCAGUCUUAUAUAGAGACAGGCCACCUUAUACAAUUCAGAACAUUUUCUUUUAAACCUCUACAUACACAGAAGGUGGCUCCUGACAGAAAUGCAGUUAGAAAGUCUUUUGCAGCUCCUGGACAAAACCCACCAAAGAGUGUCUGAAGCAAAACUGCCCAUGAACCCUGUGAAACUGCAACUGCCGCAGCCUAAGUAACUGAGAACAAACCCUAAAAUUAUCUUGGCCCAUCUGGACCCCCAUGCAUCAUUUUAUUAAUGAUAAGACAAGGGCAACGCUAUAAAAUAAAAAAAUGUUUCUGAAAUAUCUGGGUUUUAAUAACUGUGGACAGAUUUUUAAGAGCACAUUAAUGAAAAAAUAUUUAUUCAUUGUUUUUAAGGUAAGGUUUAUUUGAUAGAAAAUGAAGAGAAGCAAACACAGUUUAGCCAACACAGGUUUCUGAUAAAAU